GUUCAGUAGCCACAUUGGAUCCUAAAAGCUCCUUGUGGUUUCAAACAUGGGAAAUUUACAGGUUCUAGCGGGGGUCAUAUGUUUGAUGAUCUCGCAAUGUUCGGGCUUCUUCAAUCCGUCUAUGAAAAACUCUCUGGCGCAAUCCAUCAGUCAGUCCGUAUCCAAAGCUGUAGCAAAUAGUCAGAACCAAAUGUUAGUGGCUAAUGUUGCAAAUGUCGGCUCCAUGAUCGGCACACAGAACAACGGACCAGUCCAGAAUUUCAACAAAGGACACUCAGCCCCCAAGCAGCCAAAGUUGCCCAAUCUUCCAGCUGGAAUCAGUUCGUCUUUUGCGAGCAGAUUUUCUGCCGGUAACUCUGCUGCAGCAGCUCAGCAAUCACAGAACUCGUACCAUACUUCGAUGUCUGCUUCGUCGUCUAGCUCACAGCAGCAACAACAUCAGGUCAACGAAUACCGCAAGCUUUUCGGUAUGCUUGCCUCUUUGACCCAGAACGGACACAACCAUAUGUCGCACUCAGGCAAUGUUAUGACAGCCGAAACCAUUCUGGCAAAGAUGUUGGGAAAAUCUGUCAACAUGAAAGCAACUGGGUCUUACUCUAACCAAGCCAAGCUGAAUUCCCAGAUUCAACUUAUCCAGAACAUGAUCCUCGAACUGAUGAACUACAGAAAGCAACUUAAUACCCCCAAGGCAAAGAAAAAUCCACUGACAGUCUUCAUGAAAAGCUACGAUCUUCAGAAGAAAGGAAUGUUGGAAACCUUCUUGAACUUAGUCAGAAAUCACCAAGUACAACAAGCUGUAGUGGACAACUCCGUGUACAGACGAGUCAGCUCUACCAACAAGAACUCCCACAACACUAUUGUUUUCGCUAAGAACGCCAACGUGCACUCUCCAGUGGGAACCCAGCACAAUGCCCCGAUGUACCCAGCGCCAGCACCGACGACAACAACAACGACAACUACCACACCUGAACCAACAACAACCACGACUACACCUCCACCAACCACGACAACUACUCCACCACCUCCACCACCCAAGUACGUCCCUCCCCCUCAGUAUCAGCCUCCACCUCAGCAAUACCAGCCUCAACCUUACUAUGCUCCCCAGUAUGUGAACCAACACCAAAACAUCAACAACAACGUGAAUAUUAACAAUAACGGAGGCGCUCACGCAAUGAAUGCUCAUGUUAACAUUGGGAACAACCAGAAUCAAUACGCUGGUAGACAAGGAUAUUAUCAGGGACCUCCACCUCAAGGACCUCCACCUCAAGGACCUCCUCCUCAGGGACCUCCACCUCAAGGACCCCCACCUCAAGGACCUCCUCCUGCUCAUGGACCUCCUGCUCAGGGACCACCACCCAAGGCACCCUGGCAUCCUGCUCCAGGACAGCCUAACCAGUACCAAGGACUUAAUAACAAUGUAAACGCUAAUAACAACGGGAGAGGCCCAGCCAAUUUCCAUGUAGGUAUUCACAACAAUCAAAAUCAAUAUGCUGCUGGAAAUGGCUACCAUGGCGGACACGGUGCUGCUCAACAAAGCGGUGGUCAUGGUGGUGCUCAGCAAGGUGGUCAUGGUGGUGCUCAGCAAGGCGGUCAUGGUGGUGCUCAAGGAGGUCAUGGCGGUGCUCAAGGAGGACAUGGUGGCGCUCAGCAAGGUGGUCAUGGUGGUGCUCAAGGGGGACAUGGUGGUGCUCAAGGAGGACAUGGUGGCGCUCAAGGAGGACAUGGUGGAGCUCAGCAAGGCGGUCAUGGUGGUGCUCAAGGUGGCCACUAUGGAUCAUUCUGGCAAGGAGCUCAACAAGGAGGUCAAGGAGGUGCUCAAGGAGGACAGGGUGGUGCCCAGGGAGGACAUGGCGGUGCCCAAGGAGGACAAGGUGGUGCUCAAGGAGGACAAGGUGGUGCUCAAGGAGGACAAGGUGGUGCUCAAAGAGGACAUGGUGGUGCCCAAGGAGGACAAGGUGGUCAUGGUGGUGCUCAGGGAGGACAAGGUGGUCAUGGUGGUGCCCAAGGAGGACAGGGCGGUGCUCAAGGAGGACAAGGCGGUGCUCAGGGUGGACAUGGAGGUCAUUUUGGUGCCCACUGGCAAGGAGUGUUUGGACAACAAGGAGGAGCCGGUGGACAAGGUGGUGCCCGAGGAGGUCAACACGGUGCUCAAGGAGGAGCUCAAGGAGGAGCUCAAAGAGGCCAUGGUUCACCUGGUGCAUAUACUAAUAUGCAUGUUGACAUUCACAACAACCAGAAUCAAUACAGCGGUGGAAACGCCAAUCAAUACCAAGGUCUUAACAACAAUGUCAAUCUUAACAAUAAUGCUGGCCCUAGCUCUAGAUACCCUGCUGGUCAACCUAAGAUGCCCAAAGCUCCAAAAGGUGGUGCUAGCGGUGGUGCUGCCGGUGGUUAUCAGGGUGGAUACGGAAAUAACCAAGGAAUGAAUAACAACUUGAACAUCAAUUUGAAGGUACCAAGACCACCAGCACCGAAGAAAUCUGGACCAAAAGGCGGAGCUCCAAAAGAUCCCAAGAAGACACACAUUUACAUCAAUUUCCACGCUCCAAUUGAGAAUGGUUUCUACCCUGCCGUAAAUGCCGGGCAUGGAGGACCUCAACCAAAGGCUCCUGGAGGAGCUACACCCAAAAAGGGACCAAGACCAAAGGGACCUAAAGCAAAAUCACCAAAGAAAGGACCAAAGAAGGGACCCAAAAAAUCACCUAAGAAAGGAGGAGCGCCCAAGAAAGGCCCCAGGCCAAAGUCUCCUCAACCUAAAGCUAAGGGACCUAAAGGACCCAAAGGACCUAAAAAGGGCGCAAGACCUCCAAGCGGCGGACCUCAGCCCAAAGGCGGACCCCAGGGAGCAUACAAACAAAAAACAACCUUCCAUCAACUCCAACAUGGUAAAAUCCCAAUCAACUUGGUCAUCAACAACAACUUCCCACAGAAUAUGAUGAACAUCCACGGAAACGGCAAUAACGCUGGCGCGACUGCUCUCCAUGCACCAAACAACAACGCAGGAGGUCACCAGGGUGCCAGCUACAACGGACAAUCUGCUCACGGACAGCAAACACAAGGAGGUCAAGCUGGAGGACAAGGUCAAGGUCAACAAGGCGGCCACGGGCAGCAGGGUGGUGCUCAAGGACAACAACAAGGAGGCGGACACGGUCAACAGCAAGGCGGACAACAAGGCGGUGCUCACGGUCAACAACAAGGAGCCUCUCACUGGCAACAAAGCGCCGGGCAAUACAACGCGCAUUACAGUUCAAAGAAAAUAGUCCAUGAAACAGUCUUGCCUAAAAACCGGGUCAAGAUUGUUGGAAACAAAAACAAAGUUCGUACAUUCGCUGGUUUGGAGAACCAACUUCAGAACCUUCCCCAGGGCUCUACAGUGAAAGGACCACAAGGAUCUCAAGGUGGACAAGGGCAAGGACCAUCAGCAAGCGUUAACGUUCACAUGCAACAACUUUUGCAACUUCUUUCCAACACUCACGCAGGUCAGGGAGGACACGGUGCUAGUCAAGGCGGAAGUCAGGGUGGACAAGGAGGAAGUCAGGGUGGACAGGGAGGAAGUCAGGGAGGACAAGGCGGAAGUCAGGGAGGUUCUCAUGGCAGCGCUUAUGACAUUUACGCACAACAACAGAUGGCAUUCCAAGCUUCACAAGGCGGAAGUCAGGGUGGUGGCCAAGGAGGAAGUCAAGGCGGCGGUCAAGGAGGAAGUCAAGGUGGCGGUCAAGGCGGAAGUCAAGGAGGUUCCCAAGGCAGCGCUUAUGAUAUGUAUGCUCAACAACAGCAACAAAUGCAGGCUGGACAACAAGGAGGACAAUAUGGUCAGCAACAGCAACAACAAGGUGGUCAACAACAACAACAGCAACAACAGGGCGGUUAUCAACAGCAACAGCAACAACAACAGCAGGGCGGCCAACAGGGGGGACAGCAAAGCAUGAUGAUGUCUCAAAUCAUGGAACUGGCUCAACAGGUUCUCGCCGGAGGGCAGGGAAGUUUGCCACCAGCCACACAACAAAUGCUUGACGCUCUUAUUGCUCAAGGAAACGCUGGUCAACCUAUCGCCCCAGACCAAAUCAAUAUGAUGAUCGAAGCUCUCACUUCUCAAUUACAGAGCACGAAUUUCCUGGGAAUCGGUGGCCAGGCUGCAGGUAGUCAAGCGUCUUCCUAUGCUGCAUCCAGCGGUCAUCACGCCAGUGCACAUCAAAGUAGUUAUUCCGCCGGCCAUCACCAACAGUCAGGAAGCUAUGCAGCUAGCCAGGGUCAAGGAAUGCAGUUCAUCGAUCCAGUUACCAACAGCGCUGUACCAACCGUCGACUUCCUUGGAGGCAUGCCUCAAAUGGCUCUCUAUGAAGCAGGCUCAGUCGUUGUUCAUAAGAAAAAGCCUUAAACCAGGGGAGGAAAAACAGCUACCAGAAAAAAUAAACCACCAUCAUCUGUCAGCCAUUGUUAGGGGAAGCUAGGACUUGAGUCUUUCGUUGUUAUUUAUUUUCGAUUUUACCUUGCCUUCCUCGAGCAUGGCUGAUGUAUCGAGCUAUUUAGAAAAAAAAUCACCAAUGGAUUAGAUGAACUGGUAACGUUGGGUUCAGGGAUUUCACGGGCGUUCUUGUCCGCACCGGAUACAGUAUUAAUUGACAGUUAAUAAGUUAAUAUCAUGUAAUUGUACAUUAACAUGUAACCCGUUUAUGUUAAUUUAAGAAGACAGCAACGUCUCGAGUUGUGUGUGUGUGUGGUUCUGUGUGUAUGGAUAUUUAUUUUGUUACGAGUGUUGCGAGAAGUUGUGCCAAAUCUUGUGAUGACGUGUGAAAUCCGACGGUCUCA